GAGAGAGAGAGAGAGAGAUGUGGGUAGAAGUCCUGCUCCCCAUGGUUUGCAACUUUCCAUGACUUCCAUCUUAACUCAUAAGAGAUGAGUUAAGAGAAAGAUCUAAUUAACUUUUAUUGAUUAAUAAUCAACUAAUUUUCUACUAUUAUUUACUUAGGAACUUGAGAGUUUGAGGCAGAGAGAAGAAAGAGAGGGGGGACGACGGAGGAGGGAAAAAGAAAGUAAGAGCAGUUGAUUUCAGUUGGUGAUGGUGGAGUGGCGAUCGCUACUAGGCGUGGUAAAGAGUAUUAUAGCAGUGGUGCUAUCGAUGUUCUGGUUGAACUCCGGUGGUAAUGGUCGAAGAGGAAUAUUCUUGGUGGGUGGUAGUAGCAACGGAGGUAUCGUCGGUGCUGCUUCUGGUGGCGAAGGCUUCUGGGACUUGGCGGCGCCCUUUCAUGUCGGAAUAGCGAUCGCAGUGACGGCCAUGGCUGGCGUCGCCUUGGCCGCCACCCUCGUCUACUCCCGUAGGGGUAGCCUUAAAUCACCAUGGUCUCGUAGGAGAAGAAAACAUGCUCUUUCACCAAAUCAAUGGAAGAACCUAUGUACACCAGAUGGAAAACUUCGAGAUGGUGUGAAAUUUUUGAAAAAAGUUCGCAGUGGAGGUAUUGAUCCAACCAUCAGGGCGGUGGUUUGGCCAUUUCUCCUUGGAGUCUAUGAGUUGAGUAGUUCCAAGGAAGAAAGAGAAACUGCGAGAAGUCAGAAAAGGAAGCAGUAUGAAAACCUACGGAGAGAAUGCCGGCGAAUCCUGAAACAUGGUGGUGAGCCCUUUAAGUUGAAGGAAACUAAGGGAACCAACAACAAUGGGGACAAUGAAGGUUUCACUCAAGACUUGGAUUCUCCUGGUUCAGAAGAUGUAGUAAGUGCCAGAGAUUCCCUUUCGACUGAGGGAGGGUCACCAGAGGAUGACUCAGAUCAACCUGCUAAUAAUGGAGUCUCUCAAGCAUCCAACUCAAUGGCUGAAGAUGAAGAUAAUGGUGAAGUUAUACAAGCCGAUGCAUCUUCAGGGAGUUCAGAGUCAUCUUAUUCUGACUCCUCUGUAGAAGAACCUGAAAGCUUGCAAACUUUCUCUACCAUGGAAGGGAGUGAGGAUAAUGAUCCUGAUAAUCUUUCCAAGGAGGAUUCCUCCCCUUGCAAGAUCAAAGGCCGAUAUGCAAAGGAAGAUUUUGCAACGUGGCAGAGGAUCAUACGCCUUGAUGCAGUUCGAGCUAAUGCAGAAUGGGUGCAGUAUUCUCCAACCCAAGCUGCAGUGUCUGAGGACAGAGCACAUCGUUCAGCCAAGGCUGUUGGGUUGAAGGAUUAUGAGCACUUGGAGCCCUUUAGGAUAUUCCAUGCUGCCCGACUGGUUGCCAUCCUUGAGGCUUAUGCACUCUAUGAUAUUGAGAUUGGUUAUUGCCAGGGAAUGAGUGACUUGCUCUCUCCAAUAAUUGCAGUGAUAGAGGAAGAUUACAUGGCCUUUUGGUGCUUUGUGGGGUUCAUGAAGAAAGCUCGACACAAUUUUAGGCUGGAUGAGGUGGGAAUAAGGAGGCAAUUGAGCAUUGUGUCCAAGAUAAUCAAAUGCAAAGACUCCCAUCUCUACAGACACCUAGAGAAGCUCCAAGCUGAGGACUGCUUCUUUGUAUAUAGGAUGGUAGUGGUCCUGUUUAGGAGAGAGCUGACUUUUGAACAGACUGUAUGCCUUUGGGAGGUGAUGUGGGCUGAUCAGGCAGCAAUUAGGGCUGGAAUCGGGAAGUCUGUAUGGGGUAGGAUAAGGCUGCGAGCCCCACCCACAGAUGACCUGUUGCUAUAUGCAAUUGCAGCCUGUGUACUUAAGAGGAGGAAGCUGAUUAUAGAGAAAUACAGCAGCAUGGAUGAGAUAAUAAGAGAGUGCAAUAACAUAUCUGGGCAACUGGAUGUAUGGAAGCUUCUAGAUGAUGCUCAUGAUUUGGUGGUUACCCUUCAUGACAAGAUAUGAAGCACAGUCCAUGGCUUGCUUGUUGUUCGCUAAUCUUUUUCUUUUAAUUUAUUUUAUUGCGGUGUUUGGGACCAUUGCCAUUUUCUCAGGUAACAUUUGUAUGGAAUUUGUCUUGAAAAAUGGAAAAGUGGGUGGUGUUUUGCACAUAA